AUGACAUCAUCCAACAUAAAGCAGGAGCCCAAGCCAGAGCAGGAGCCAAAGCAGGCGCUCAAGCCGGAGCCCAAGCCAGAGCAAAAGCCAAAGCUGGAACAGGAGCCCAAGCUUGAGCGUGAGCCCAAGCUUGAGCAGGAGCCCAAGCUGGAACAGGAGCCCAAGCUUGAGCAGGAGCCCAAGCUGGAACAGGAGCCCAAGCUUGAGCAGGAGCCCAAGCUGGAACAGGAGCCCAAGCUUGAGCAGGAGCCCAAGCUUGAGCAGGAGCCCAAGCUGAGCCCAAGAGCCCAAGAGCUUGAGCAGGAGCCCAAGCUUGUGCAGGAGCCAAAGCAGGAGCACAAGCUUGAGCAGGAGCCCAAGCUUGAACAGGAGCCCAAGCUUGAGCAGGAGCCCAAGCUGGAACAGGAGCCCAAGCCGGAGCAGGAGCCCAAGCUGGAACAGGAGCCCAAGCUGGAACAGGAGCCCAAGCUUGAGCCAGAGCCAAAGCAGGAGCCCAAGGCGGAGACGAAGUUGGCAGACCAGGAGCCGAAGUCGGCUAAAGAGGAGCACAAGCCGGAGCCGAAGUCGGCUAAAGAGGAGCCCAAGCCAGAGCAGGAGCAUGUGCCCUUCAAAAUAUCCACUUGUACCUUUCCCUUUAAGUUUGAAGAGUUUGUACAAGUUUGCAUGAGAGGUUGUAUCAUUUAA